AUGUCAAAGACUUCCGAAACUGAGUUUAAGCCAAUGUCAUUCCCGCCUGCUGUGAUAGCACGUAUUUCUCCAGAAUUGUCCUUACAAAGACAUUUAGCAAUUGGGAUCCGUCCAAAUCUACGUAAAUUUGAAGAAUUUAGAAAUAUUGAAGUUGGUGAUGGUGGAUUAAGCAGAUAUUCCAAUGACCAAAUCAAAAACUCAUCAGUUUUAGGAUCUUCAGUUUUGAAAUCAGGAAGCACAACGAUUAUCUGUACGAUUACUGGUGGUAUAAUAGAGGAAGAUUUACCAGCCCAUGAAAUCAAUGAUGAUGCAGCUGCUGUUAACGCAGUUUUCGCCAAAGAUAAAGAAAACGAUUCAGACUCUGGAAAGCCUGCUUUAGAAGACUAUACAAGUGUUUAUCCUGUUGUUGAGGUGGAAAGAGGUAGAGUCGGUGCACCAACAGAUGAGGAAAUGAUUUUAUCACAACGAUUAUACGAAACUUUGUUACAUUCAAAAAUUUUAACCAAAGAAGCAUUGAAAGUGAAAGUUGGUCUACGAAGCGUUGAUUCAGAUGGUAAAGUUGAAGUGUAUUAUAAAGGAGAGAAUGAUGAGGAUGAUUCUGGUCUUGAUCUUGGUCCUAAACGUACCUGGACGUUUGCGCUGUAUGCUAAAAUCAAGGUCUUUAGUCGUACUGGCCCAUUAUUUGAUUUGAUUUGGGAUUCAUUAAUUUCUGCCUUGAAGAACACUAAACUACCAAGAGCUCAUAUUGAUGAGAGUGCAGCAGAUGUUAAAAUACCAGUGAGAAUGCGUGGUAAUCAUGCUACAAUUAGAGAACAAUAUCAAAUAAUAUGUGAUGCAUCAGCUAAUGAUUCCUUGAAAUUGGUUAAAGAAUCCAUUGGAUUCUCAUCAAAUUUUGGAGUUGUUGAUCUUGAUGAGGAAUCUAUUCAAACAGUUGAAGAUGAAGACAUUAUGGAUAUUGAUACCAAAUCUGUUCUUCUUACAGAUAUUGAAGGUGAGGAAGAGGAAAUAUCUGCUAAGAAAACUAUUUCUGUUAUCGUUGAUGAGAAAGGGAAGAAUCUUAAAUCAUUGACUAUAAUAGGUGAUGUGAAUAGUGAUCAGCUACGGAGAUCUAUUGAGCUCGCUAAGGUUAGAUCAAAAGUGUUUACGAAAUAG